CAAAAACGAGAGAACAAUCUCAGCACUACUGUCACUCUAGCUUCAGUCGGUAUCCAAGGAAGGAGAUAACACGCAUUCUCUCUCUCUCUCUCUCUCUCUCUCUCUCACACACACACACGCUCUGUUCAUGGUGUCUCUUUCUUUCUCUCUCUAAAAGUCUCUCCAAAGGUCUGUUAUAUAUGAUCUCUGGAUUUGCUUUCUCAAAGCAAAACCUAGCUAAAUUUUCGAAUCAACGUUAUUGAGUGAGUUUAGUUUGAUUAAUUUGCCGUUGUGUUUGUUAUGAUUCGCUUGUCUUCUUCGGAGAUCAAGUACUAGUGUUGAAGAAAUCAAACUUAAUCUGAUCGGCAUUUCUUCAACAAUGAAGUCUAGUACUCGUCUCGACUCUGCCAUUUUUCAGCUCACGCCUACUCGAACCAGGUAUGAUUUGAUUAUCACUGCAAAUGGGAAGACGGAGAAAAUUGCUUCAGGUUUGCUGAAUCCUUUUCUUGCCCACCUGAAGACUGCCCAAGAUCAGAUUGCCAAGGGAGGUUAUUCAAUUUUGCUUCAACCUGAACCUGGUAGUGGAGCAACUUGGUUCACCAAGGGCACGGUCGAAAUGUUUGUUCGUUUUGUGAGCACUCCAGAGAUAUUGGAACGAGUGUACACCAUAGAAUCUGAGAUCUUACAGAUUGAGGAAGCAAUUUCCAUUCAGGGCAACAGCCAUAUGGGUCUGAGCACUGUAGAAGACUGUCAAGCAAAACCAGUGGGAAGCAGUGAAGGCAGCAAACCUAUGACUGAUGGUAAUGAGGAAAAAGCAAUUGUUCUUUACAAGUCUGAUGUGCAUCCACCUGAGGCAAAUGGAUCAAUCGCACAAGAAGGAAAUUCAAAAGUCCAGCUCUUAAAAGUCCUGGAGACACGCAAAGCUGUGCUGCAGAAAGAACAAGGCAUGGCCUUUGCACGUGCUGUAGCUGCUGGUUUUGACAUUGAUCACAUGACACCAUUGGUGUCAUUUGCUGAAUGCUUUGGGGCCUCACGUUUAAUAGAUGCGUGCUUAAGGUUCAUUGAUCUGUGGAAGGGAAAGCAUGAAACUGGACAAUGGCUUGAAAUUGAAGCAGCAGAAGCAAUGACCAACCGAUCAGGAUUCUCUGCCAUGGAUGCAUCAGGCAUUAUGCCUUCUAGUGUAGCUAACAAACAAAACGAAUCGCGUGGUGACUCAGCUUCAGAGAACAAUAGAAAAGAAGGCAUUGAUUCAAGUGCAGAUGAAAAGCAUCCCAUGGAUCACCAAGUCCCAGUAGGUCAACAACAAUACAUUCAAGGUCCAUUUCCACAUCCUAUGUUUCCUCCCUGGCCUGUACAUUCUCCACCUGGUACACUACCAGUCUAUCAACCAUAUCCUGUGCAAGGAAUACCCUACUAUCCUAACUAUCUAGGCAAUGGCCCAUUUUAUCAGUCACCUUAUCCACCGAUGGAGGAUUCUCGAUUCAAUGUUGGUCAUAGAGCCGGACAGAAAAGGCACUCCAUGGAUAGUAUAGACAGCAACAUUGAAUCAGAACAGGGUGAUUUGGAGUUGGAGAAGGAAGCUUCACAAAGCCGGGGACCACGGAAGAGGGCCGGAAGAUCAGAUAAAAAGCGAUCAGGCAUGGUUGUCAUUCGAAACAUCAAUUAUGUCACUUCAAAAGGGAAGAAUUCUUCAGGUAGUGAAUCCCAAUCAGCUUCUGACUCUGACACUGACAAUGAAGCUGUGGAUUUGCACAAGAGCUCUCUGUCCUUGAAAAGAAAAGGAGGUCAAGCAAAGUCGAUGGAUGAAUCAAAUUCACAUGAUAAGGAGGACACUAGUUAUGGGAAGGAGACUGAUGGAGGACACUGGCAAGCAUUUCAAAAUUUUUUACUUAGAGACGCUGAUGAACAUAAUCACGCUGCCAAUCAAGGCAUGUUUUCGUCCGAAAAAAAUGUUCAAAUCAAGAGACGACUAAACACAGUUGGUGAUGAUCCUUUAACUGUUGUUGGGCGAGAACAAGCUGAAGUACAAGGAGGGAGGAUAACCGAAUUUCAUAAAGUUAAUGGAAAUGUGACUCGGAUGUUGAGGGCAUCAAAUGAUGAGAUUUUACCUUCUAGAGGAGAGGUUCAUUAUAGCAAUGGUAGAGGAUCCACAGAUGAACAAAUGGAUGUACAAUAUACAGAAAUAAAUGGAAGAAAGGUUGCAUAUAGAAGGGCUGCAAAUGAAGAUUUUAUGAUUGUUGGACGAAAGAACCAAUCGUAUUUUGUGAGUUCAUCAGAUCCUCUGGUUGUAAAUGGAUACAUGCCACAUACCACCAUUAAUUUGGAUAGGAGUUUGCCUCAAGAUAUGACUGAUGAAUCCUUCAUAGUUCCGUCCCGGUCAAUGUCGCUAGAUCAAGUUGGUCCUAAUGACAGAACUGCUAUUAACAUGGAUUCUGAGCUCCCUUCAACAAUUCAAAAGCCGGAAAACAGUUAUAACAGGACUGGAAACCAUGUUAGCUAUGAGCUGGAUGAUUUGAGCUUGAUGCCUGAACGCAGGACGGAAAAAAGGACUAUUGGAUACGACGCUGCUUUAGACUAUGACAUGCAGGUUCGUGUUAAGCAAGGGUUGAAGAAGUCGGACAAGGACCGGAAGUCAAAACUGACUUCAGAUGCUUCGGAUAAAAAGAAGACUGUGGGACCAAUACGGAAAGCAAAACCAUCAAAAAUGAAUCUUUCAGAUGAUGUACGAGCGCGUGCUGAGAAACUAAGAACUUUCAAAGCUGAUCUCCAGAAAAUGAAGAAAGAGCAGGAAAAGGAGGAUUUGAAAAGAUUGGAAGCUUUGAAGAUAGAGAGGCAAAAGAGAAUUGCAGCGAGAGGCAGCUCUACUGCUGCUAGGUCACCAUCACCACUGCAACCCAAAAAACAAAUACCAACAAAACUUACCUUCAGCUCUCAUAGAGGAUCAAAGUUUAGUGAUUCAGAGCCAGGAUCAUCAUCUCCUCUACAGAGAUCUAAGAUAAGACCUGCUUCACUUGGAUCCAUUGAAUCUCAGAAAGCCUCUAAAACCAGCAAAUCGAGUAAUGGGAACCACUUACCGGGGAAUAGGUUGACUAGAUCAGCUUCAUCAUUGCCAGAGUCAAGGAAAGUUAGCAGCGGUGUUACUCCUGAUUCAAAGACUUCCAUGACACGAAUCAGAAGAUUAUCAGAGCCUAAAACAAUUAGCAGUCCUGUUCUUCCAGUGAAAACACCAAGUGCCGAAUUAAUAUCAAAGAGAAAAGUGUCUAAUGAACCUCAGAGCAAGAAAACACCAAGUGCCGAAUUAGUAUCAAAACGAAAGGUGUCUAAUGAGGCUGAGAGCAAGAAAACACCAAGUGCUGAAUUAGUAUCAAAGCGAAAGGUGUCUAAUGAGCCUGAGAGCAAGAAAACACCAAGUGCUGAAUUAGUAUCAAAGCGAAAGGUGUCUAAUGAGCCCGAGAGCAAGAAAAUAUCUGCUAUUAUAGACCUUGAUCGAAUCAAGGCUGCAACUCUUCCUGAACUGAAGAUCAGAACAUCUAAAGGGCCUUCAGAUGUAGGCCAGAACAAAUCGGCACCCAAGGAGAUGACACAGAAUGUGAAAGGGAAGAAGUCUUCUGAAACUUCUGGAAGUACUGAAUUAAAUAAGAACAAUGACAAACACACACAUCAGAGUGAUAUGGAUGACAAGCCAGUAAUCGAGAAGACUGUUGUGAUGCUUGAGUGUGAAAAGCCUUCUAUUCCUGUCGUGCAUGCAUCAGCAGAAAGGUUAGGCGUACGAAAGGAACAUUAUAACAAUCGUGACAAAGUAGUGAAAAAUGAGAUGGUAUCAGAGUAUGCAGCUAUUCAAGCACCGGCUUCAGCCAUGGAUGGAGUUGAUGUAGAACCCAUUCAGAGACAAUUGGGAGCACAACCUAGGCCUUACGAGGUAACGACAUGUCAUCCAGAGAAGGAACCACCCAAGACUUCGAGCAUCCAUAUAGCUGAAAAACCAUACCAAGCCCCUAAUGUUCGGCUCUCUUCUUCUCAAAAUUCAGAGUAUGGCAAAGAACCUUCAACAAGCUUAGAGACAGUUGCGACAGGUGUGGAAAAUACGAAAGCACAAGUAUUAUCUGGUUUUAGAAACCUGAAAUUGGAAAUGAUUCCAGAAGCCGUGGAGAAGCCUCAUGUGAAGGAUUCACCAAAAGGGUUUAGACGGCUCUUGAAGUUUGGGAGGAAGAACCAUAGUUCAGCUGGAAGUGAGCUCAGUGUGGAAUCAGAUCAUGCGAGUGUCAAUGGUUCAGAGGUAGAUGACAAUGCAACAAAUGCAGCUUCUUCUAGUGAAGUUCAUGCAUUGAAGAAUCUAAUAUCUCAAGAUAAAACACCCGCUGGAUCUACUUCCAAAAAGUCUUCGCGCCAUUUCUCUCUUUUGUCACCCUUUCGUAGCAAGACCAGUGCAAAGAAGUUGAUAACAUGACAACGGGGUUUUGAAAGUGAGGUUGCAUCCUUAGCAGGUGUGAAAAGUGAGAAAUUUCAUGUAUCGAUUUGCAGAGAUAUAAUUAUUUCAUUGGUACUAUAUUGUUGUAAAAAUUGGUUAUUGUACAUUCAAAUCCUUUAUUCAUGCCUAAAUGAUAAAAGUUGGUUUACAGCUCCCUUUCUAAGUUAUUGAACAGAAAGUUAGUUUUAUACUUCAUUGAACCUUGUUUUCCACGAAGUUUCGUCAUUCAAAAAUGUUAUGACCACAGAACACACUACAGAACAGCCCUGGUAAGGGAUUUGUAAUCUAUAUAUGUGAAUAAUUUUGUGUUUGUUC